CACCUGGGCCACCUCCUCUACUACCUGCACCCCUUCCUCCAGCGCCAGCAGCUCCAGUACGGCAUCUAUGUCGUGCACCAGGCUGGCAACUCCACCUUCAACCGGGCUAAGCUGCUGAAUGUGGGGGUGAAGGAGGCACUGAAGGAUGAGGAGUGGGAUUGUCUCUUCCUCCACGAUGUCGACCUCAUCCCUGAGAACGACCACAACCUCUACACCUGCGACCCCUGGAACCCCAAGCAUGUCUCUGUUGCCAUGAACAAAUUUGGGUACAGCCUGCCGUACCCCCAGUACUUUGGGGGGGUCUCGGCUCUCACCCCUGACCAGUACAUGAAGAUCAAUGGUUUCCCCAACGAGUACUGGGGAUGGGGGGGCGAGGACGACGACAUCGCCACCAGGUAG